CCCUGCGUCUCAGCUAGCAGACGAGGGCUCCGCUCACAGCUCUGCAGAGGCUAUGCUGAGACUGAGCCGGCGUCAGAAGCAAGAUCUCUGGCUGCCAUCAACAAGUUAGGGUUGGAGGACCACGGCAAUGAAAGAGAAGCGCUUGAUCUUCAAUUAACGGUCUGAGCUGACACCAUUGCGGAGGAAAGGAAACAAAAGGGUAAAAAAAAGAAAAAGAAGAAAAAGGGAGAGGGGGGGGUCUGAUCACUGGAGUCGCUCUGGAUGCAACUGAUCAACUUAAAAAAAAAUAAUUUCUUCAAGGAUUCGUGGGCUGGAAGAAAAAGACUCACUCUUCUAUGAGCCUGGAUUUUAAAGGACUAACAAAAUUAAAGGACUAACAAAAUAAAAGGAAUAAACAUCUAGUCGGGACAUGGAAUUUCAUAUUUUGUUUGAAUUGGGUGGGUUCAGAAUUGCUUUAUUUCCCAAGAGGCUGAUUCCUUUUGUGCUUAAUCAAAAGGGCUUUUUCCCUUUGGAUUUUUCUUCCAUCUGGUUGCUCCAAGAGUCUGCGGAAAAGGACAGUUGAAUGCAGCCUCCGAUGUGCACAAAAGAAUGGGUUUCCAUUCAAGGUGGCCAUUGGUGGGACCUGCACCAGCGGCUCUGUCUGUGAUCAGCAUGCUCCUAGCGUGCCUGCUGUCUCCUGCGUUGUGCACAACCUGCCCUCAAAAAUGCCGCUGUGAGGACCUGCAGUUUUACUGCGACACCCAGGGGCUUAAGGCACCCCCAGAUGGUGUGGACAAGGGAGCCCUGGGGCUGUCAUUACGACACAAUAGUAUCACUGAGCUCAGUCCUGAUCAAUUCUAUGGUUUCAGCCAGCUCACUUGGCUACAUCUAGACCACAACCAGAUUACCACAGUACAAGAGGAUGCCUUUCAAGGGCUCUAUAAACUGAAGGACCUCAAUUUGAGCUCCAAUCGUAUCACCAAGUUGCCCAACACAACCUUCAUCCACCUCAUCAAUCUUCAGAUACUGGACCUGUCCUUCAAUCAGAUGACUGCUUUGGAGCCAGAACUGUUUCACGGACUGAGGAAGCUCCAGAUACUCCACCUCCGCUCUAAUUUACUUCGCACCACACCUGUUCGGGCAUUUUGGGACUGCCGUAGCCUGGAAUAUCUGGGCCUAAGCAGCAACCGUCUCCGAAGCCUGGCACGAAAUGGAUUUGCUGGGCUCAUCAAGCUUAAAGAGCUCCACUUGGAGCACAAUCAACUGACCAAGAUAAACUUGGCCCAUUUCCCUCGCCUUGUUGCCCUUCAAUUUCUAUACCUGCAAUGGAAUAAGAUCAGCAACGUAACAUGUGGCAUGGAAUGGAUCUGGACCACGCUGGAGAAGCUGGACCUCACAGGAAAUGAAAUUCGUGUCCUGACCCCUGAUGUGUUUCAAACGCUGCCAAAUUUAAAAGUUUUGCUGCUGGAUAACAACAAACUGAGCAGCCUGGAUCCCCAAGUCUUGGAUAUGUGGCAGUCUUUGGGUACGAUUGGGCUGUCCAGCAACCUUUGGGAAUGUACCAAAAGGAUUUGCUCUCUUGCCACUUGGCUAAGCACCUUUAAGGGAAGGUGGGAGCAUUCUAUCCUCUGCCACAGUCCUGAAUAUGCCCAAGGUGAGGAGAUACUAGAUGCCGUUUAUGGAUUCCAACUUUGUCAGAAUUUUUCAGUACCAGUCGUUCAGACCAUUAGUACAACAACAGACGCUACUACAGCUGCAGAGAUCACAAGCUCCUUGUUUGGAAUUAUGCAGCCGACCCCCACACCGGACUAUGCAGAGGAUUUUGGGAGCUUUACCACAGUCACUACCACAACAAUCAUAACACAAACAUCACGCACUGCUCAAGCUACUACUGCUCCAUUGGAAGAGGCAGCUGUAACAGAUGACUUCGCAACUGCAGACAACACUGUUAUGACUCAAAGGGUUAUCAUGGGAACUAUGGCCCUUCUUUUUUCAUUCUUUUUCAUCAUUUUUGUUGUCUAUAUCUCACGGAAGUGCUGCCCUCCUACCCUGCGCCGGAUACGCCACUGUUCGGCUAUUCAGAACCGCAGACAGAUGAGGACCCAGCAACGACAGCCUAUGGCAGACCUAGCUACGCAGGUACCCUAUAAUGAGUAUGAGCCCAGCCAUGAAGAAGGGGCACUCGUAAUCAUCAACGGCUACGGGCAGUGCAAGUGUCAGCAGCUGCCUUACAAAGAGUGUGAAGUAUGAACUCUUAUUUAUUCCUAGAGCAUAUGGUUUGUCAUUUGACCAUUUCAGAUGAUACAGGGUUUGAUUUUUUUUUCCCAGUUUAUGUAAAAAGCAUAAUUUCUACAAGUGAGAUUUGAGAAUAUGUGAGAAUGCUACAAUGGCAGAGGUUGGGCAGUUACAGGACGUUGUAGAGAUAGUCACAAAUUUAUUUUUAUAUGAAUGCAAGGUUGUUCAUAUCAGGCAGGGGCAAUCAUUUUAAAGAAGAAAAUUGUAAACUGUGAGAUCUGUCUCCACCACUGUCUCUAUAUUCUGCAGCACAGAGAAACUACUUUGCCAAGUGGCCCUCUGCUAACAGAAUACAUUAAGGGAAGAUGUGAUUUAUGUAUUUUCUUUUAAAAAGUAAAUAUUUGAAAUGCUGUUUCUAACUACACCAUAGGCAGUCCAAGCCAAACAUUCAAUCACUGGGGCAAAUGAACAGAACCAAUUAUCAGAACAUUUUGUUUUGUAGCUUUGUUUUGAGAGAACUAUAAUACAUUAAAGGGCACUAAGACCAAACUCAAAUUAUGAAUUAUAACUGUAAAGUAAAUGUCAUUAUUGUUAUGUUAUGAAUAAAGAAAUCAUCUGUUACGGAUAGAAGAAUCCUGAAAUUCUAUUGAGUAAUCACUUAUGACAUUACGUUUAUCAAAUCUGACAUGGUUCCACGGUUUCCCACCAAGAAUACAUUUGGGUUGCCAAAUUCAAAUAACAGAAAACAAAAAGAAGAAGA